CAAUGUGUCACUACAGUGCGCCUAUCGCUGAAUUAGCCCAGUUGCAAUAACCUUACGACAGUUGCCGCAACACAGGAUUCUUAUAGUGGAGAAAGGGAAGGCAGUUCUCCGAAGUAGACCAUGCAUAGUUUGGUGGACAUGCUUGGUCCAGUGGUAUCUGUGACCAUUUUAUGCGUGUUAUUUGUAGUACUGGUAUUUGUCACAUUAUGGGGACAUGUGCUCAACCUUUGUCUACUCUGUGGUGCAUUUUCUGUCAGUUACUGGUUUAUACGCAAAGCAGGCACAAAGAUGGUCGACACACAAGGGAAAUACGUUCUUAUUACAGGGUGUGACACAGGCUUCGGGAAUAGCCUCGCUAGACUACUGGACACCAAGGGACUGAACGUCAUCGCCGCGUGUCUGUCUGAGGAAAGUGACGGUGCCAAACAAUUGAAGACAACAGGGAGCAGGCGCAUGAGUGUCUUACAGCUUGACGUAACUUCGGAUGAAAGUGUUGCUUCAUGUCUUCAGAGGGUAAAGACGCUAUGUAACAAAGAAGGAUUAUGGGCCUUGGUAAACAAUGCUGGCAUACUAUACACAGGGGAUGUGGAGAUACAGACAAUGACUAUAUAUAGGAGAGUUGCAGAAGUAAAUCUCUUUGGUAUGGUUCGAAUGUGCAAGGCGUUUCUACCUCUAGUCAGGCAAAGAAAAGGACGUGUUAUCAACGUGACCAGUGUGCGUGGUCUGCUGGCGGGCCCAGGUCACUCAGCUUACGUCAUGAGUAAGUUUGCUGGAGAAGGAUUCACAGAUUGUUUGAGGCUGGAGAUGAGGAGGUUCGGAGUCAAGGUCAUCCUUGUACAACCAGGAAGUUUUGGCCAAAGCACUGGCUUAUUUAGUGUGGAGAACGUUCAGCGCCAAAAGAAGGCGUACCAACAGCUAAUAGACUCUGUAGAUGACGAGAUACGGGCAGGGUAUGGACAACAAUAUUUAGACACAUAUAUGCGCGUCCCUAAGAUGAACCCGGGGAUCCUCUGACAAAGAUCUUAAAGGUGUUCUGGAUGCAUUUGAGGAUGCCAUACUGAGCACAACCCCAGACAAUCGAUACCUCGUCGAUGGCAUUCGUAACAGAAUUGACGUAUUGUGCAUGAUGGCACGACUACGCAACUUUCUGCCGGUGUCGGUGAUGGAUGCUCUUUAUCUCUGGCUCCAGCCACUGCCAAAAGAGGCCUUUUACACAACUACGUCGUGAAGUGAGGCGUUAUUAACCCGGUCAAUGCAAUGUUAGUUGACGGUUUAAGUAGUAAACUGCAGUUGGUUUGCUGAAGAUAUGACAAUUCGCUCUUGCUUGACAACGGUAUAAGAACUUAUUUCAAAACGUCUCAUCAUAAUAUGAUACUUUAUCAUCGAUAAAGUAUCGUGUCUUUAUUAUUACGUUUCUUUUUGACUAACUGGAUAAGCUGCUGACGUACGAGCGUACGUCACUGAGAAGAUAUACGUUAGUGUCUGUGUCAUGAUUACUAUUGAAUAACGUUGGUGAUACAUGCAGGUUUGAUCCCCAGCUCUAGAUUCUUGUAUCUGGGCCUUAUACUGUAUACUGAUAGCCAGUACUAGUCAGAAUGAGCAAUGAUCAACGUCGUUGGUGGUGAUGCCGCACGAUCAACUAGGAGACACAGGAGGAUCAUCCUCAUUUAGACAACUGGAGGACUAGGAGGCUGAGGACAUAGGGACGGUCUACAUAUUGACCCUUUAUGUCUACCGUGUUCGUAACACUUUUCUUGAUAUGUGUUUUAGUUAGAAAAUAAACUUUCUUGAGAUCA